CGGAGAGAAAGAGACAGAAAACCAACACACCGGAGAGAAAGAGAAACCGGGACGGGACCCUGAACCGGACCGACAGGUCUGGUUGCUCUGAUGAACAUGGUGUCCUCUUUCCCCUGGCAACCCGAGUGCCACUCUGAAUCCUGCAGCCUGAUUGGCUGUGUGGGCUGGGCAGGGUGUCGCAGGCUCCUCUUCCUGUUUCUCACCAGUGUGUGCAUCAGCUUCCUGUUCCCAGCCACAGACGCACUUCCCAGUCCCUCCCAGUGCCAGCCCAGUCCAGCCCUGCAGGGUGUGUCAGUGAGUGCUGACACGUGGCUCCCCCUGUCAGCUGGGAGGAGGUAUGGCAGUUUGAAGCAGUGCAGCCAGGCUUGCUGUGAGAGGGCAGGGUGCAAUGCUGCCUGGAGCCUGCGGGGGCGCUGUGUCAUGUUGGCUUGUGUGAGACGGGGGCGGUGCCAGACUCACAGCACCGGGGAGCCUGAUUCGCUGCUGGUGUUUGUGACACACCCCGAAGGGGGGGGCCAAGUGCAGGCGGAGGAUUUUGAUUGGCUGCAGGACAUCCAGAACCACAGGAAGGGGAGUGGCCUGCCUGGUCGCCAUGGAGAUUCACGGCUGGGGUUAGGAGACGAGAGGGAGCUGAGGAGACGGAGAGAGCUUGUUUCCAUGGGAACCGCUGCCCCAGACUCCACCCACAUGUUGACCUUCUCCAAUCCUGUGGCCUUCAGCCUGACAGCCAAUAGAAAGAAUGGGAAGCCUUCCAAUGAGAGUGCAGUGGAGGCCCCACCCCCCACAGGACAGAACCCCACUCGCACCACAGUGACCAUCACCAUGACAACUGCCAAUAACACAAGCAUGACCUCCGAGAGGUCAAUCGAGCCCACAUCCCUGGCCAGCACUGCCGCCCGAGCGACCGCAAAACCAGGUGUGCGGGAGCUGGUGGUCUCGGCUGGGAACAGCGUGGAGGUGACCCUGCCCAUGAACGAGGUGGAGCUCAACGCCUUCGUGCUGCCGGAGCCCCCUGAAGGCUCCAGCUACACUUUUGACUGGCGGCUCAUCACUCACCCCAAGGAUUACAGUGGGGAGAUGGAGGGCAAGCACUCGCAGACUCUCAAACUGAGCAAGCUCACGCAGGGUCUGUAUGAUUUCGAGGUGCUGGUGGACGGGGAGGGGGCUCACGGGCAGGGCUUCGUCAACGUUACCGUCAAGCCAGAGCCCCGAGUGAACCAGCCCCCCGUGGCUGUGGUCUCGCCGCGGUUCCAGGAGAUCUCUCUGCCCACCAGCUCCACUGUCAUCGACGGCAGCCAGAGCACGGAUGAUGAACAUGUGGUCUCCUAUCACUGGGAGGAGGUGAAAGGACCCCUGCGGGAGGAGAAAGUUUCUGCAGACACCCCCAUCCUCAAACUGGCCAACCUGGUCCCGGGGAACUACACCUUCAGCCUCACAGUGGUCGACUCUGACGGAGCCCGUGGCUCCGCGCUGGCCUCUCUCUCCGUGUUAAAGGCUGUGGAUUACCCCCCUGUGGCGAACGCCGGUCCCAAUCAGGUGAUUACGCUUCCGCAGAACUCCAUCACGCUGUUCGGGAACCAGAGCACCGACGACCAUGGGCUCCUCAGCUAUGAGUGGUCACUCAGCCCGCAGAGCAAGGACAAGGUGGUGGAGAUGCAGGGUGUGCGCACCUCCACUCUGCAGCUCUCGGCGAUGCAGGAGGGCGAUUACACCUACCAGCUGACCGUCACCGACUCGGCCAACCAGCAAGACACUGCCGAGGUGACCGUCAUCGUGCAGCCGGAGAAUAACAAGCCCCCCCGUGCGGACGCGGGGCCGGAGAAGGAGCUGACCCUGCCCGUAGACAGCACCACACUGGACGGGAGCAAGAGCAGCGAUGACCAGAAGAUUGCGUCAUACCGCUGGGAGAAAACCAGCGGUCCGGACGGAGUGAAGAUCGAGAACGCAGACAGCGCCGUCGCCACGGUGACGGGGCUGCAGGUGGGCGUGUACGAGUUCACACUGAGCGUGCGAGACGAGAGGAACCUGGCGAGCAGUGACACUGUGAGGGUCAUCGUGAAAGAGGAGUUGAAUCAGCCCCCUGUGGCUCGGAUCUCUGGCAAUGUGCAGCUCGCCCUCCCCCUGAAUAUGGCUGCUCUCGACGGGUCAAAAUCCUCCGACGACAAGGGAGUGGUGAGCUACCAGUGGAGCCGGGACGAGCUCCCCCCGCGGCGGCGGGAUGUUCUGAACCAGUCGGACCGGCAGCCCGUGCUGCUGCUCACUAACCUGGUGGAGGGAACCUACACCUUCAAUCUGCGGGUCAGCGACGCCAAGGGGGAGAGCAGCACUGCCAGGGGCACUGUGGAGGUCAGACCGGACCCGCAGCACAGUGACCUGGUGGAGAUGCUGCUGGCCGUGGGGGUGAGUCAGGUGAGCGAGAGGCAGAAGGGCAUGCUGAUACGGCAGAUCGCAGUCCUGCUGAGAGUGCUGGACAGCGACCUGCUACUCUGUCCUGGACAGCGACAUUCUGUUGCUCUCGUAAAUCCAGGAGUACACAGCACCCGCAUGGUGUUCUUCGUGCGCUCAGGUCCAGGGCGCCUCCUGCUGCGAGGGCAGGAUAUCGCCAUGGCGCUGCGCAGCAAACUGCGCAAACAGAAAGCAGAUUUCCUGAUCUUCAGAGCGCUGCAGAUCAACACCGUCACCUGUCAGCUGAACUGCUCCCAGCACGGGUCCUGUGACUCCCUCACGAAGCGCUGUGUGUGCCACCCCUUCUGGAUGGAGAACUUCAUCCGAGUGCAGCUGGGAGACGCUGAGUCUCUUUGCCUCUCAGACUGGAGCGUUCUGUACGUCACCAUCGCCUCCUUCGUGAUGCUGGUUGCCGUGGGGAUCCUGUCCUGGGGGCUCCUGUGCUGCUGCCGGGGGAAGGGGAAGCCCAAGAGGAAGAGCAGGUACAAGAUCCUGGAGGGGACUGAUGAUCAGGAGAGCCUGGAGCUCAAACACUCUGCCAAAGGAGGCGCCCGUCUCAAGGCCCCGGUGCACCCCCACUCCAGCCUCCUCCGCUCCGAAUCCGAGGGGGACAGUGAGGACCCCCUCUUCACCUGGCCAGACCGAGAGAAGGGCAAGCUGCUGAGACACCAGAACGGGUCGGUGCGCAACGGACACGGGCCCAACAGAACCAGGAAACAGAGCUGCGAGGAGCAGCUAUAGCACA